AAUGAUUYAAGUUCUUAAAAGCGAUAAAAAUCGGCGUUGAUAAAAAGUGGACUCAACACUUUCUUGGAAAUGACAGAAACAAUGAUUUUCUGUGCAAUGAUGAUAGUGGUAAAUAUCCAAGUAAAAGGAGAAACGCUCAAUGGGUCGAACGAACAAUGUAAAAGAAAGAUGCUAAGAAUCGACGAUAGUGAAAUUCAUUAUGAACAGAAUCUUGGUCACGUGAUAGACAGGGUUAACGUGAUCAGYAUUCUUCAAUGUCAAGACGUGUGCUUACGGGAUAGACUUUGUGUUGGCUUCAAUUAUCAUUUUUGCGACGAUGGAGUGAUCGAUAAAAACUGUGAAAUAUUAAGUAGUUUAGGAGAACAGCAAGAGAAUGAGUGUGUGGCGUUUAAAAAGUUUGACUACGAGCAGGUCCGAAAUGAUCUACUCAAACUGUGUCCAUCAGAUCAACGUUAUCAUCCGUCACUAUCGUGAUAUUCUAAUCAUGGUAGAUGGUAUUGAUCAAUGUUCA